AUGGAAUCUCCCACUGACGGUAACCACACGUCCGUGGACGGAGCAGAGGAACUGGUGUCCCAGAUCACCCAACUGUACGACGAUCUCGAAUCUUUUCACAAUGACGACGUACACUCCAGCGCUGUGCCCGCGCACAUGUUGUUAUCUCCCAUGUCUCAUUUUUCCCAUAACCCGCAUAGUACCUCUUCCCCUCAUCCGUUCGUCACGAUGGAGUGCCCACGUCUAGCUGGCCUGGGUUCCAUGCUAGGUAGACCAUCCCUAUCACCAGUCGCAGAGGAACAGCCUGCGGCUAGCAGCCCGUUCUCAUCCUUCUUUGCUCGAAGGCCUACAGGGAACCACAGUCUUCUCUCGGGGGCCGAGACAACUGCUCAGUCUCCCACUGAGUCGACGCAUGUGCAGCAGUCCUCGUAUACUAGGCCACCGACUGCGCCAGACCUUCAGUCUAGGGCCGCGCUACCAUGCAGCCUGCCCCAGGCUCCCGUCCCGCCUUCGCAGCCCACCCAGCAGUUGCAGCCUAUGAGCGCCGAGCAACUCUACCAGAUCCUCCAUCAGCAGUUCAGCUCCGGCCCAUCGGCUACCACGGCUAUCCCUACCAUACCUCCACAGCCACCUCAGAUGUCUGCAGCUCCCCCACAACAGCCAGCUUAUGCACAGCAGCCUUCGCGUACCGCGCCGACGGUUCAACCACAGGCAGCAGCCACCUACAUGCAGACCCCAUCUCAGUCACACGCGCCUGCCGCCCAGCAGGCCGCUUCGCACCAGGCACCAGGACAGUUCACCAAUGCGAGGGCACUCCCUAGGCACCCUAGCACAACUCUGGGCCUGUCCAUGACUGGCGGUUGUGAGGCGAUGAUGUUUCUUGCACCCUGUCCAAACAAGAUCCAAGCUGUAAAACUCGAGCUACAUCACGCAAAGCACAUCCCCAAACUGAGUAGGGCGGCUGGCAACUGGAUGGAAUGGAGUGAGAAGAUUGUCAGCUUCGUCAACGCGAGCACAAUGGUUGGUUUCAUCAAGGGGUGGACCACGAUGCCGGACCCGGACGUCGACUACAACGCUGCGGCCGAAUGGGUGAAAGCCAACAAUGUCAUCCUCGCUCUCAUCAGGGAGAAGUGUACUGCUGAAGAACGCCAACACAUCACCUAUAUGGAGACGGCGUUUGAGGCAUUCCACCUACUCAAGUCUUGCCACGAAGAGCUGGGACCUAUCUACAUGGUUCGCCUCUAUCAGCGCUUCUUCGAUUCCCAUUUCUCCCGCUCCGAACGCUUCGAGACAACAGCAAAGCGCAUCCGGGACAUGGCCCACCAGAUCUACGCCAUGGGUCCCCUGAGCGAAGACCAACUCUUCUCGAUAGGUCUGAUGCAUGCACUGGGGCGCGAGUUCCCAACAAUUCGCAACGAAGUUGCAAUGCAAAUGACCGCCAUGCGCCAUGGCGGACAUUUCAACUCCAGCUCAGUCCUUCAGCGCCUCGAUAUCGAGCAAGCGGCAGUCGACCUCGACAGCGGAGCAGUCGCUUUAGCGACCAUAGCAGGGCGACGUCCUAGCGGCAACACAAUGUGCAACAGCUGCCAGCGCCCUCACCCGACGGCCAACUGCUGGGCUAGGGGGGGCGCGAUGGAAGGACGCCGCAAUGAGGUGUUGGACACGCUGUCCCCAAACAAAGUCAACUGCAUGUGA